GGAAAAGCUUACUGCUCAUGCGCGGCUAUAGGCUGCAGCAGUGGGCACUGGGCAGCAGCAGUGACUAGACAAGCGCUUUAUCCGACACAAGCAGAGCACAGGUGCCGAACAACCUAGCAAAAUGCUCUUUUAAAUAAUCGCACGUCUCAUCCCGAAACCAGAGAUGUGAUGAAGAGUGAGAGUCCAAUGUUGCAUUAGUCUCAUUGUGACAUGCUGGCCUGUCUGCCGGUAUCAAACCCCUCUCUCCAGCUUAUCUCGCACACGCAGAUGAACACUGGACUCCAGAAAUGGGACACUACACAGAGGAUGAGAUCAGCACACUAUCCUACCCCAGCAGAAUUGGAUGCCUAUGCUAAGAAAGUUGCCAAUAACCCACUGACUAUAAAAAUCUUCCCCAAUAGUGUGAAAGUACCUCAGAGGAAGCAUAUUCGCCGCACCGUCAACGGUCUCGACACCUCCAGCCAGCGCUACAGCCCCUACCCACCUCAGGUCAACACCCGGACGGGCCUCUUGGCCAUCGUCAAAGUCCCUGUCAAAGGGAUCCUCAAGGACAUCGAAGGCGGCCGAGCCCGUUUUCUCCCUAAGCUCAUCAUGAACCCGCACAGUGGGCUUUACGCCAAUCCCAGCACUUUAAAUGUUCCUCACACUGUUCCACACCUUCAGACUCCUUUAGGCCAGAAGAGUCUCGCUCAUUCUCAGGCCUUGCAGGCCCAUACGCAGUCCCUGCAGCAGAAAAGCAGUUUACAACCACAGCAGAGUCUGGCCCACCAGGAGGCUUUGCAUCAGAGCCAGGCUCACCAACCGCCAGUACCACACCACGCCCUAAACCACCAACAGACUCUCAUGCAGCAGCAGCCACAAUUGCCUGGUCCGCAAGGACUCCGGCAUCUGCCCGAUAUGGCGCAGUCUGUGAACCUGCAGCACUCCCAGGGCUUCUCUCAAUCCCAGCCCAUGCCACAGGCUUCUUGCGCCGGCCCUCCGGCCCCCGGAGUCUUACAGCCCCCCCUGGCAGGCUUACAGAUGCCACGCAAGCUGCCCGAUGCCGACGCCCCUCCCAAUGUGACUGUGUCUACCUCAACCAUCCCGCUGUCCAUGGCUGCCAGCUUACACCAGAACCGGCCCAGUGACCUGAGCAGCAUCGUCAAUCAGAUCAACCAGUUCUGCCAGGCUCGGGCUGGUAUGGGCUCUACCUCCAUGUGCAAAGGACAGAUUGCCAACCCCAGUCCCAUCAGCCGCAACCAACUCAUCAAUGCGAGCUCUCGGGUGUGCACCCAUCCCAGUGUGGGUCCUCCGCCUUCUUGUGUCCUUGGUAACUCUGACAAAGGUGGUCCUGCUCCCACUCUGCCACUGCCUGACAUCGCUGCCAUGAACAGGAUGCCUCUUUACCACAGUGAGAUGAAGCAGCAGCAAUCCCAGCCACAGUUGCCCCAGCAACAACGACAGCAGAGCCCUUGGGGGCAACACCAUUUUGCACACCUUCAGCACCUUCCUGAGGGAGCGGCUCACCAGGGCAAGAAUCUCCCCAGAGACGGUCUAGUUGGACCAGGGUUCCUCACUAAGAAUAUGGGCUACCCGCAGGAGGUGUGCAUGGCGCAUCCCUUCAACUUGAAGUCCUCUACUGAUAAACUAACUCCAUCUCCUCCGGUCAACGGGAUGCCCAUGAGUUACAGUAACAGCCACUACAUGCAGCCACCCUGGAACAACAUCCUGCCCACGCCAAACAGUGACAGCUCAGGGUCUCAAGACCUGGUGGGCCCGUUCCACGGGGGCCUCUCAGGGGCCUCCAUAGACUGCACCCCCGGAGCACAGUAUAGGACCGGGGCAGCCAUUUCCAGCCAGACAAACCUGAUGCAGACCAUGGAGUAUAUGGGUGGCGACUUCCAGGCGCCCUGCUUCCGAGCACAGAAUCCGGGCACAAUGGCAAAGAUGCAUAGAGCCUCAGUCAGCAGGGCCACAGAUUCAGAAAAACCUGUUCCAGUCAUUUCCUGUAAUGGGCGAACGCAAGCGUUGGAAAUGCAAGCUUGACUAAAAGGUUUGCAUCCAGGCUGAUGUUUUUCAAUAACAGCAGGUCUAGUUUAAGCUUUGACGGUAGGAUUCGUUGCCCAUGAAGCUGCUAUUUUAUUGCGACUACAAAAAAAGUUAUUUCUUAGAAAUGUUGUGAUAGAGUUAAGAUCUAAUUUAUAUUAUGCCUUUUUUUUGCAAUUCAAAAUUGUUAAUAAGUUGAGUGUCGGUUGACGUAAUAAGUUAUUCCAUUGGCCUGUCAACCAUGUCAUUGUAAAGCUUGGACUUUUUGUAUUUCUUUCGAUCCUCUUUUCAUGCUUUGUUACAGCUCAAGAGUACAAAGUCAGGUUACUCUUUUAAUAGUUACUAUCUCUACGUGAAGUGCCUCCUCUGGGCUGAUGUGGACCGUGUGUAUGUGACCGUUGGGAUGGACAAUGGACCAGCGCUAGUGCACAUUCCGUAGAAGUCAUGCACUGCUCACAAACGGGAGACCGAGCUACUUUAAAUACUACUGAUAUCAUUCAUUAAAAAAAAAAAAAAACACCGCCGUGUGCUGCUGCAGGUGCAAGAUCUGUUCGGAUGUGAAUAGUUGCUGCUGAAUCACUAGUUUAGGUGCGAGAGCUACGCUGCUGAACUCCCUAGUGUCCUUGAAACAUUCGAAGGAAUGCUCUGGAAAGUUCUUUGUCUUUUGGAGCACAUGCACUCCUGCCCCCAUUACCCCCCUCCCUUCCUGCCCCUCUUCCCAAAACAACACAAUGGCAGUUUUGGACUACAGGAGUGUGUGUUAAGAGUUGAGUGUGUCUCAUCUUGUUCCACCAAAGAACAAAAUGUCACUUGAAUGGUAGCAGUGCGCACCUGUUUUGUGUAACCGAAAACUGUCAUUCCAGAUACACAUUUUUUCAGGAACGUGUUGCACAAACAUUCCCCUCUAAC